GAAUACAAACUGUGGAAGUGGGCCAGAGCCUGGCUGAGAUCGAGUAGUGUCAACGACGAUGCCAAGGGCUCGACCAUUCUCACUCUACUGGAUGGAGAUGCCCUCAAGAUGUGCGAGGACAUCGGCGAUGGCAUGCUCGAGCAGCCGGGCGGCGAGGACCUCAUCCCUCAGACCCUCGACGAUCGAUACCUGGACAAGCCCGCGCCCGAGAAGGUCGUGGAGUCCACGAGAAGGUGCCCGCGUCUGCGUGCCGAGCAGGGCGGAGAGGCCGCUCAGUACACGGCUCGGGCUCGCUCAACCGGCAUGGAGACUGGCCGAGGAGGAGUGAUUCUACCAGACAUUGCCCGAGGAGUGCUUCUCUCGGACGGCUGCCAGCUGGACAGGGCGACGGAGGCCAUGGUGAUGGCAGCAGCGGGCAGGUCUCUCUCAGAGCUGGACGUGGCAG